AUGGCACCAGAUCGCGUCGCUAAUGCCCUCGACAAUCUGAUAACCCAAAUCGUCCCCCCUCGAGGCCCAAACGAAGGCCAGGACUCUUGGCUGGCGCGGUAUAACCUGAGCCAUGAGCUCGUCAGGACCAUCAUAAACAAUCCUCCUGAUCCCGACAUCUUAUCGGACGUUGAUCGAGCCGCCGACUCCAUCAAACGGAAGCUCAUCCAGAGCAAUCCCUCCCACGCCCUCAGAUUCUCAGAUCUCUACUCUCGGCUACUUGCGCUGCCAGUGCUCAAGUCGAAAUGGGCAAUCCUCUAUCUCCUCUACGCCCUGGCCGACUCUCCAGAUCCCAGAGCCCCGCCUCCUCCCCUCAGCAUAAUCCAGCCCUCUUCCUCAAACUAUCGCGAGGCUGUUGCGCGAGAUGCAGUCAAGAAGCGCGCUAGGGCUCGCUCCAAGUCUAUUCCCUUCGCAAGGCUGGAGGAUGAGCCAAUGAGAGACGCUCCGCCCCUCGAAGAGCUACCACACAAGCCGGCACACCAACCAUCCAGAGAACCGAAACGCAGCGCCGACGAGAGGCAGCCCCAGAGCGAGCCGCCUUCGGAGACGGCCAUUCUACGUGAUCUGCCAUUCACACUACAAGGCGUAUCAUCCACGACCCUACCCUUUGUGAAAGACGAUGUCCUGAAGCUUCCGGCUACGCUCCCUCUGCCGCUCGUUUCCAUCCUGCACACUCUGGCUGAGCCCUCGUUGCUCUACCGACGCCUCCAUAACUUCUGCCAAACCCCCGCCAAUGGCCUCUUGGCUCAGAGCCUGCGCUCGGCGAUUAGCAACGAGCUACGAUCAUAUCUAACAUUAGUCGCGACCCUCGAAGGCCAGAUUCGAAAGGCACUGUCUUCCCUGGACGAAACCGCACCCAGAGGAGGGAUUGGGAAGACGGGCGUCACACUGAAAAGAUGCGUAGUAUGGACACGAGAGGCUACAAUGGGGCUGAGACUCCUCACGCUGAUCGCCGAAGAGUCUGAGGAGAAAAAGGGCGGCCAACUUAUUACCCUAAUACACAGCUUUGCUUCCUCUAACGGAGACCCCGUGGUUGCCGCGUUUGCAGAGCGGCUGCUGGGCAGCUUCACUCGGCCAUGGUACGGUAUUCUUCGUCACUGGAUUUACGACGGAGAGCUGUCAGACCCGUCCCUCGAGUUCUUCGUCCGGGUAAAGAACAUUACCCAAGAUGCUGUGAGAGUCAAGGGCAAUGUUUGGGAGGACCAAUACGAGAUGGCCCAGGACAUGAUUCCGAGCAUCAUCUCGCAGGAGUUUGCUCAGAAGAUAUUUCUCAUUGGCAAAUCGCUCAACUUCAUCCGACACAACUGCGGCGAUUCGAUGUGGGUCGAGGAAUACUCCAAGGCUGCCUCCAAGGAGCUCAGGUACGGUGACACGGCAACGGUCGAGGUAUGGAUCGAUGAGGCGUACAAGACAACAAUGAAGCGCUUGAUGGACCUGAUGGAGACAAAGUUCCGUCUGUUCCACCACCUCCAGGCCCUGAAGGACUACAUCCUGCUGGGAAAGGGCGAUUUCAUCGCCCUGCUCAUGGAGUCCCUUGCUGCGAAUCUGGAUCGCCCUUCCGGCGCCCAGUAUCGACACACUCUUACCGCUCAGCUGGAGCAUGCCAUCCGUGGCUCAAACGCCCAGUACGACUCUCCCGAGGUGCUGCGGCGGCUGGACGCCCGCAUGCUCACGCUGUCUCACGGCGACAUUGGCUGGGACUGCUUCACGCUGGAGUACAAGAUCGAUGCCCCCGUGGACGUGGUCGUGACUGAAUGGGGCAACCGCCAGUACCUCAAGGUGUUCAACUUCCUCUGGCGGAUCAAGCGGGUCGAGUUCGUGCUCCUGUCGACGUGGCGGGAAUGCAUGACGGGAUCCCGGCGAGUGCUACAGAGCCCCAAUCAGGCGGUGGUGCAGACGUGGAAGUCAACGCGAGGUGUGCUCGCCGAGAUGAUUCACUUCGUGGGCCAGCUGCAGUACUACAUCCUGUUCGAGGUCAUUGAGUCCUCGUGGGGGGAGCUGCAGAAGCGCAUCCGCAAGGAGGACUGCACGCUCGACGACGUGAUCGAGGCGCACAGGCGCUACCUCGAAGACAUUACGCACAAGGGCCUGCUGGGGCCCAAGCUCCGCCACCACCCCUCCGACAACAGGGAGCAGACGACGUAUCUGGACCAGCUCAGCGAGAUUUUGCGCUCCAUGCUCAACUACCGCGACACCGUCCUCGGCCUGUACGGCUGGACCAGCUCGGAGUACACUCGGCGACAGGAGGCCGAGCUGCGACACAUGACGCGCCGCGACGACGACGGCGGCCUCGCAGCCUCCGACAGCGUGCCGUCCGAGUUCCCCGCCCUGCAGGAACGCCUGCGGCACCUCGGCGCCUCGUUCCGCAACAGGCUGCAGAUUCUGCUAGGCGACCUGGCGUACCAGCCCGACGUCGACAUGCGCUUCCUGGGCGUCGCCAUGAACUUCAACGAUGUGUACCUGCCGUCGAGGAGGAGGUCCAAGGCCGCCUCGGUGUCGGCAGGGGCAGCGUCGGCAGCGGUUCCGUCAGCUUCUGGUGCCGCAUGA